AUGAGGAAAGUGAAGAGGAGAAACAUCAUCAUGGAGAAAAAAACUUGCUCACAGACUAAAAGUAUUUCUUUACUGAAAAGAAGAAACAAGAAAUGUUUCACCUGCCAUCAGUGUGGAAAGAGUCUCACACAACAAGGAAACCUUAAGAUACACAUGAGGAUCCACACUGGAGAGAAACCGUACGCAUGUGAUCAGUGUGGGAAUAGUUUCACACAAUCAUCAAACCUUAAGACACACAUGAAGAUCCACACUGGAGACAAACUGUUAACAUGUGAUCAGUGUGGGAAGUGUUUCAAAGAAAAAGGAAACCUUAAGAAACACAUGAACAUUCACACUAGAGAGAAACUGCAUGAAUGUGAUCAAUGUGGUAAAAUAUUUUUGUGGGCUUCAGGCCUGAAGAAUCACCUAAAAGUUCAUUCACAGGAGAAACCACAUUCAUGUUCUUUGUGUGGAAAAAGUUUUUCACUGCUGCAUAGUUUAAAAGAACAUCAGAAAAUACAUACUGGUGUAAGAGAACAUAUGUGCUUUGAGUGUGGGAAGACUUUUAUUAGAGUUGAUAUUUUAAAACGGCACCAGAUGAUCCACACUGGAGAGAAACCUUACAAGUGUUCACACUGCGACAAGAGAUUCAGUCGGUCAGGAACCGUGAAAACACACGAGAGGAUCCACACUGGAGAGAAACCUUACAAGUGUGAUCAAUGUGGGAAGAGUUUUUCACAUUCGCGGAAUUUAAAAGAACAUCAGAAAUUACAUACUGGUGUAAGAAAUCACAUGUGCUUUGAGUGUGAGAAGACUUUUAUUAGAGCUGACCAUUUGAAACUGCAUCAGAAAAUUCACACUGGAGAGAAACCUUACAAGUGUUCACACUGCGACAAGAGAUUCAGUCAGUCAAUACAUCUGAAAACACACGAGAGGAUCCACACUGGAGAGAAACCUUACAAGUGUUCACACUGCGACAAGAGAUUCGGUGAUUCAGGAUCUCUGAAAAAACAUGAGAGGAUCCACACUGGAGAGAAACCUUACAAGUGUGAUCAAUGUGGGAAGAGUUUUACACAAAAAGGAAACCUUAAGAAACACAUGAACAUCCACACUAGAGAGAAACCAUAUAUCACUGCACCAGUGUUGGGGAGAGAUCCAGAACACUGCAGAAUGAAACACACUGAAGAACAAAGAGAUGUGAUGCUGGUGAAUGAGGAGAGUAAAGAGGAGGAGAAACAUCAUGUCAAAACUGGAGAAAAAACUUGCUCACAGACUGAAAGUAUUUCUUUACUGAAAAGAAGAGAAAAGAAAUGUUUCACCUGCCUUCAGUGUAGGAAGAUUUUCACAUGCAAACAGAGACUUGAGAUUCACUUGAGGAUCCACACUGGAGGGAAACCAUUCACAUGUGAUCAGUGUGGGAAGAGUUUCGCACAACAAGGAACCCUUAAGAAACACAUGAUCAUCCACACUGGAGAGAAGCCAUUCACAUGUGAUCAGUGUGGGAAGACUUUUAUUACAACUGCAAGUUUGAAUCGGCACCAGAGAAUUCACACAGAGAAACCUUACAAGUGUUCACACUGCGACAAAAGAUUCGGUCAGUCAGAAAUUCUAAUAAGACAUGAGAGGAUCCACACUGGAGAGAAACCUUACAAGUGUUCACACUGCGACAGGAGAUUCAGUGAAUCAGGACAUCUGAAAACACAUGAGAGGAUCCACACUGUGGAGAAACCGUAUCACUGCACUGCAUGUGGGAAGAGUUUCACUCAAUCAUCUGCUCUACACACUCAUACAAAAUACAAUCACAGUCUGAUGAAGGAGAAUGAGGAGAGUGAAGAGGAGGAGAAACAUCUUGUCAAAACUGGAGAAAAAACUUGUUCACAGACUGAAAGUAUUUCUUUACUAAAAGGAAGAGACAAGGAAUGUUUCACCUGCCAUCAGUGUGGGAAGAGUUUCACAUGCAAAAAGAGUCUCAAGAUUCACAUGAGGAUCCACACUGGAGAGAAACCGUUCACAUGUGAUCAGUGUGGGAAGAGUUUCACACAGCAAGGAACCCUAAAGGAACACAUGAACAUCCACACUGAAGAGAAACUGCAUGAAUGUGAUCAAUGUGGCAAAACAUUUUUGAGGUCUUCAGGCCUGAAGAUCCACCUGAAAGUUCAUUCAGAGGAGAAACCACAUUCAUGUUCUUUUUGUGGAAAGAGUUUUUCACUGCUGCAAAGUUUAAAAAAACAUCAGAAAAUACAUACUGGCAUAAGAGAUCAUGUGUGCUUUGAGUGCCAGAAGACCUUCAUUACAGCUGAACAUUUGAAACGGCACCAGAUGAUCCACACUGGAGAGAAACCUUACAAGUGUUCACACUGCGACAAGAGAUUCAAUGAUUCAGGAAACCUGAAAACACACGAGAGGACUCACACUGGAGAGAAACCUUACAAGUGUUCACACUGCGACAAGAGAUUCAGUGAGUCAGGACAACUGAAAACUCAUGAGAUGAUUCACACUGGAGAGAAACCUUACAAGUGUUCACACUGCGACAAGAGAUUCAGUCGGUCAGGAGACCUGAAAACACACAAGAGGAUCCACACUGGAGAGAAACCUUACAAGUGUUCAUACUGCGACAAGAGAUUUAGUCGGUCAGGAGACCUGAAGACACAUGAGAGGAUCCACACUGGAGAGAAACCUUACAAGUGUUCACACUGCGACAAGAGAUUCAGUGAAUCAGGACAACUGAAAAGACACGAGAGGAUCCACACUGGAGAGAAACCUUACAAGUGUUCAUACUGCGACAAGAGAUUCAGUCGGUCAGGAGACCUGAAAACACAUGAAAGGAUCCACACUGGAGAGAAACCUUACAAGUGUUCACACUGCGAAAAGAGAUUCAGUGAGUCAGGAAAACUAAUAAAACACAAGAAGAUCCACACUGGAUAGAAACCAUAUCACUACACUCUAUGUGGGAAGAGUUUCAAUAAAUCAUCUUUUCUACACAGUCAUACUACAAACGAUCACAUCAAGUAAGGUGACGUCUCAGUGAGUAGCUGUGUGUUUGUCCCUGAGUUACAGGAGAUUUGCUGAAGGGUGUGGCUUUACACCUGAACUAAAUCAUGGUGCUUUAAAAGUGACUGGGUCAAACGGUAGGGGAGAGUUGCUUGCUGAGUUGGAGUGAAUCAUGAGGCUACCGGAAAGCUUACGGCAUGUGUGAGCCAUAUCAGAGUUCUCGUUUGAUCCAUCUUGCCCUUUUUGGAUUUGGAUCUUUUGUUGUUUGUUUGCUCGGACUGAUGUCACAUGUACUAGUUACUUUAAAUAUUAAGGAUCACUAACUUUUUGGCUUGAAAAUGGCUUAAGGUUGGAUGAUACUCAGCAAAAUCCCCUGUGUUUUAUUAACAGCGCUCAGUGUUCAUAUGUGUCCACACUACAGAGUUAAAUGUAACACUUAGGCUGUGCUGGAGUUAAUUAUAUAAUUAAGUGACGAUUGAACAUUAGUGACGACACUGAAGGAAAGAGGAACAAAGAUUUGAAGUCACCAUUGUGGUGAUCAGUGUUUCUCGAAGUUGGGCUCUUGACUCUUGAUUGUUUCGUUAAAGGGGGGGUAUCACACACAGAUUCUGCCAAUCUCAUGUUAGUCUUGAGUACAUAUAGAGUAAUAUUGUGUCCUUCAUAUCUCCGAAAAGUCUUUAGUUUUAUCAUUUUUUAAAAAGAUAGAUACGCUGUACUGAGUCUUUUCGAAAAUAGCCGAGCUCCUGGAGGUGUGCCUGCCGUCAGUGCCGUGGGCAGAGCUAAAGCGUCACAAGCAAGCACAGCUUUUGUGUAGAGAUCGUCUGCAAGUUGUGACGUCAUUAUAAAUAAAAAGUGAACCAAAACGUUAGUGUUGUUUACAUUUUAUGCACUUUACUCACCACCCACGAUCUGCAAAUCCAGCGCCGAACUAGGACUUGUUUACAAAGCAUUUAUCGCCAAAAUCCCAGGAACAAACAAACAUACGUGCACAACUCCGUUGCUGCCCCGGAAAAACAAACUUCAUCCACUGUUCCCUUAACGCUGGGUUCUUUGGGAAGCUGAAAAAGGUAAUCUUUCCCUCACAACCAAAAACACACUCCUUUGCUGACAGGAGCUGCGUCUCACUUCAGAGGCUCAUCCUCCGGAGGUCACAUUUGGGCCCAUAUUGUAAGCAUGAAGCUAUUAACUGCAGUGCCUUCUAGACACAGACAUCAACAAUUAGCAUAUGAAACUUAACAAUGGUGACAUGCUUCAUGCCAGAACUUUGAUUUUCACCAUUGUUGAGGUUUGUAUGAUGAGUGUUGAUGUCUAAGUGUGUCUCAACUUUUACACAAGAAGUUACAAUGAUUUAGGAAAUCAUUUGAUCUUUGUGUCACAAUUGCUGAAUUUAUUGCCUUUUUCAUUCAUUAAUGCUAUAAACUAUUUACACCAGGUCAUGAAACUACAGAAAAAGCAGUCAUUUGACUGUACACAUGUUGACCUGCUUUUCAUCUUUUCAUCACUGAUGGAUAUGCACAUUGGGACGCAGAGUGAGUCUAACGUUGACUUCAGGCUUGUUCGACUUUGUGCAGCGCCGCACAGACCGAUCGGUGGCUGACUUGAAGCAGUGCAUGCCGGUAAGAAAUUUUCUCCGACUUGAGACAGCGCUGAUGCCAUGUGACUGUGAUAUAUGGCUUCAAAGUACCGCAUGAGCUCUGAUGACGACACAGCUGUUUCGCGAUUGGCCGGAUUCACAGCAUGACAACAGUCACGUGAUUUUGUGUUUAUUCUGAAAACUUCAGUUCCACUAAUGCUCACAAAUCUGUAUUUUUAUAACAGUUAAAGUUUUUUUUCAUGUAGUUGCGAUGUUAUAUCGUGUCAUGUUUAUCAAAAUAAAACUGAUAAAAAAACUUAGACUUCA